UACACUGCAUGCAAAUUGUUUUUUGUGAUUAAUUAUUAUUUAGUUUGUAUGUGUUGGAGGAACUACAAAACGAAUGGCGGAUUUCGCCCAAUAUAUGACAUGCGAACUAAAUUACAAAUUACCUCCAGGAACAGCUCUUUACGAUAUUAGUGGGAGCUCGUACAGAUUUUCUAUGUACAAAGUAGGCCCCGUUCUGUGCGUUAGUCACGGAAUGGGAACUCCAUCCAUCUCCAUCAUGCUCCACGAACUUAUAAAACUUUUACACUAUUCGGCUUGUCGAGAUGUUACAAUUUUGCGAUUAGGAACUUGCGGCGGUAUUGGUGUGAAAGAAGGAAGUUUAAUAAUCACAAGCUCUGUUGUAGAUGGAUUGAUGCGGCCUUAUCAAGAGGCAAUAGUACUAGGAAGGAAAGUCAAGCGUGAAGCUAUUUUAGAUGUAAAUCUUGCCAGAGAAUUAUUAAAAAUAGCUAAAAGUCAUCUAUGUGAAUACCCGAGUUGUUUAGGUACAACCAUGUGUACAGAUGAUUUUUAUGAAGGCCAAGCAAGAUUAGAUGGAGCUUUCUGCAAUUACACCGAAAAAGAGAAAUUGGAAUACUUACAAAAUAUAAAUAGAAUGGGAGUAGUUAACAUGGAAAUGGAAUCGCUAGUGUUCGCGGCUAUGUGUACAAAUGCUGGAAUUUCAGCUGCCGUCAUAUGUGUGGCUCUAUUGGACAGACUAAAAGGUGAUCAAAUUAUUGCAUCGAAAGAAGAACUGCAAGAAUGGCAAUCCAGACCACAACAAUUAGCUGCUCUGUUUAUUAAGAACAGAGUGGAGAACCUUCAUAAAAAUUAGCAAACAAAGCCGAUAUAUAUAUAUAUAACAGCGUAACGAUUCUUUGUAGAUUUAUUUAAAUACUGUAUGUAUAAAAAAUACGUGUCGUAUAAAUCUUGUAUAUUUCGAUAAUAGGCCUAUAUUUAUAAUACAUUAUCAUCAUGAAAACACACACAAUUUCUUAAGUCAACAAUAGAUGGCGGAAUUAAAUAAUAAUU